GCGAUUCCGGCCUGGGUGCACGCACCCGCCCCAGUCCCUCCCUGCAACCCUUCCUUCAUGCCAGUCCCUGGAAAUAUGGCCUUGCCGCCGGUCUUAUGGCCCAUAGGAGAAGCUCUGGGCCCAGCACCCACAGCCCCUCGCGGUGUGCAUCCCACUUCCCUUUCCCCACUGCUGGGACCCCUGCUUGAAAUGUCCCUCCUGUCCCCAGAAAGGAGGGGAGCAGCCCUGGCCUUCUGCCCUGAGGGCGGAGCUGUCUUUGGGGUCUCAAUUGCAGCCCCUAGGAGAGUGAGAAGGGUCAAGUUCAGACCCUGCACCAUUCCCUACCAGGCCUCGAAUGAGAUUCUUGGCAGCCAUAUCACCCACCCCAGUCCAGGCAAGCAAGAGGGGUUCUUCUGCAGGCUUCAGGGCCCCCAGAAGGCGUGCUGUUCACAGACACCCUGGGGAGCCAAGAGAGGUCGAGGGCUCCAGCUACCAUGGCCCUCUGAGGACCCCCGCCUGUGGGAUAGAGGACUUGGUGGCUGAAGGGCAGUCGUGCCCAGGGGCUUCUCCUGACCCUGCAGGGCUGAGCGGAUGCAGCCUUUUGCCUCUUCUCGCUGCAUUCUAGCCCGUCAGUCAGGGCAACGGCCAGAUGGUCUGUGCUAAGAUUCAUUCCAUCCCCACGGGCCCUGUGGCUUUCUACCGUGUCCACGUGGUGGCCUGUGCAGUUCCCGGCCAGCGUUCUCCUGGGGAUGCUGCUGUGUAAUGGGCUGUGGGAGAAACAGAGACAGGCCCUGCACGUGGGGCAGCCAGUCCAGCACCCGCCGGGCCAGGCCCUCAGCAUCCUCUCCUCCAGAUGCCCAAGAGAGCUGCUCCAUGCGCUGUGGCACCCUGGACGGGCCGUGUUCCUGCCACCCGACGUGCUCCGGCCUUGGCACCUGCUGCUUGGAUUUCCGGGACUUCUGCCUGGAGAUCUUGCCCUACUCAGGCUCCAUGAUGGGCGGCAAGGACUUUGUGGUGCGGCACUUCAAGAUGUCCAGCCCCACAGACGCCAGUGUUAUCUGCAGGUUUAAGGACAGCAUCCAGACCCUCGGCCACGUGGACUCCUCCGGGCAAGUGCACUGUGUGUCACCUCUGCUCUAUGAGAGCGGCCGCAUCCCCUUCACCAUCUCACUGGACAACGGCCACUCCUUCCCUCGCGCGGGCACCUGGCUGGCUGUGCACCCCAACAAAGUGUCAAUGAUGGAGAAGAGUGAGUUGGUGAACGAGACGCGUUGGCAAUACUACGGCACCGCCAACACCUCGGGCAACCUCAGCCUGACCUGGCAUGUCAAGUCACUGCCCACGCAGACCGUCACCAUCGAGCUGUGGGGCUACGAGGAGACAGGAAUGCCCUACUCACAGGAGUGGACUGCAAAGUGGUCGUACCUGUACCCCCUGGCCACACACAUCCCCAACUCCGGCUCUUUCACCUUCACCCCAAAAUCUGCUCCUCCCAGCUACCAGAGAUGGCGAGUGGGUGCACUUCGGAUCAUCGACAGCAAAAAUUACGCAGGGCAGAAGGAUGUGCAGGCGCUCUGGACCAAUGACCACGCACUGGCCUGGCACCUGAGCGAUGACUUCCGAGAGGACCCUGUGUCCUGGGCACGAACUCAGUGCCAGGCCUGGGAGGAGCUGGAGGAGCAGCUGCCCAAUUUCCUGGAGGAGCUGCCGGACUGCCCCUGCACCCUGACCCAGGCCCGGGCUGACUCCGGCCGCUUCUUCACAGACUACGGCUGUGACAUGGAGCAGGGCAGCGUGUGCACCUACCACCCCGGGGCCGUGCACUGUGUGCGCUCUGUGCAGGCCAGCCCCCGGUACGGCUCAGGUCAGCAGUGCUGCUACACAGCGGAUGGGACGCAGCUCCUGACGGCUGACUCCAGCGGCGGCAGCACUCCCGACCGCGGCCAUGACUGGGGCGCACCCCCGUUCCGCACGCCACCCCGAGUGCCCAGCAUGUCCCAUUGGCUCUACGAUGUCCUCAGCUUCUAUUACUGCUGCCUCUGGGCACCCGACUGCCCCCGCUACAUGCAACGGCGGCCCUCAAAUGACUGUCGCAACUACCGGCCCCCGCGACUGGCCUCCGCCUUCGGAGACCCACACUUCGUGACCUUCGAUGGCACCAACUUCACAUUCAAUGGGCGCGGAGAGUACGUGCUGCUGGAGGCAGCGCUGACUGACCUGAGGGUGCAGGCGCGGGCCCAUCCUGGGACGAUGUCCAACGGCACAGAGACCCGCGGCACUGGGCUGACUGCAGUGGCCGUCCAGGAGGGCAACUCAGAUGUGGUGGAGGUCAGGCUGGCCAACAGGACCAGAGGUCUGGAGGUGCUGCUGAACCAGGAGGUGCUGAGCUUCACCGAGCAGAGCUGGAUGGACCUGAAAGGAAUGUUCCUAUCAGUGGCUGCCGGGGACAGGGUCUCCAUCAUGCUGGCAUCAGGGGCUGGCCUGGAGGUCAGCGUGCAGGGCCCGUUCCUGAGUGUGUCCGUCCUGCUGCCUGAGAAUUUCCUCACCCACACCCAUGGCCUCCUUGGGACACUGAACAACGACCCCACUGAUGACUUCACCCUGCGCAGCGGGCGCGUCCUGCCCCCGGGCACCAGUCCCCGGGAGCUGUUCCUGUUUGGGGCCGACUGGGCCGUGCACAACGCGUCCUCCCUGCUCACCUACGACUCCUGGUUCCUGGUCCACAACUUCCUGUACCAACCCAAGCAUGACCCCACCUUCGAGCCCCUCUUCCCCAGUGAGACCAUCCUCAACCCCAGCCAGGCACAAGAGGCAGCCAAACUAUGUGGGGACGAUCAUUUCUGCAACUUCGAUGUGGCAGCCACCGGGAGCCUGAGCACGGGCAAUGCCACUCGGGUGGCCCACCAGCUGCACCAGCGUCGCAUGCGGAGCCUGCAGCCAGUGGUGUCCUGUGGCUGGCUGGCCCCACCUCCCGACGGACAAAAGGAGGGCAACAGGUACCUGGCGGGUUCCACCAUCUAUUUCCACUGUGACAAUGGCUACAGCCUGGCCGGGGCAGAGACCAGCACCUGCCAGGCUGACGGCACCUGGUCCUCACCCACCCCGAAGUGCCAGCCAGGACGCAGCUACGCGGUGCUGUUGGGCAUCAUCUUUGGGGGCCUCGCGGUGGUGGCGGCGGUUGCACUCGUCUAUGUGCUGCUGAGCCGCAGGAAGGGCAACAUGCACUUCUGGGGUGCACAGCCCUGAUGGGAGCAGCUUGGCUGUGAGCCCCAGGCCAAGACUCCUCAGAACAGGCAGCCCAGUCCUGCGACUCCCGCAUCCCCAGGACCAGACACCUGGUGGGACCUGGACACUUGAUACCUGGGCGUUUAACCCCCUACUCUGUCAUCUCAGACCCCAGGCAGGAGGCCCAGUGUUCCAACACCCAAGCCCUGUGCUAGCAGCGCUCCGUGCUGUUCCCCAAAUACUCACGGCUCUAAUUCCCCAGACCUGAAACUUCAUACCCUGGGAUUCUAAUACCUGUGUCCUGAGCCCUGACACUCCCACACCUGAGCCUCAGAUUCCAAUACCUCACUCCCCAGAGCCUGACGCCGGGGCCCCUGACCCCUGAUCUACGGAGGCCUGCUCCCCGACCAUGCGGGCACCAGUGCAGUGCUGCCUUGGUUCCUGGACCCCUGGGCCCAUCUUGGGACCCCAGAUGGGGUAAGGAGAGGCCCCAGAACCCCAAAGCAGACAGCGAGACCCCCAGUGGCAGAGACCUCCCUUGGGACUCCAGACUUGUAAUUUCGAACUCUUCUAGAAGGUCACUCAGGAACAGCCUCCAUGGUGUGCAAGGAGAAAACAAGCGCCUCGUUUCCUUCCCUGGUCUCCUGGUGUUCAGGUUGCACCCUGGUUCUGGAGAGUUCCAUGACUGCCUCGGGGGGUCACCACCAACCGUAUCCAGAGUGAGGCAGGUCUGAGCCCUGCCUGCUUCCUCCACACCCAGUUUGCCGGGGAUGCUCCCUCCCCAGGCUCUCUCUCCAUGUAUGCAGUGGGAUGGAGAACUGUGGCCACCUCGUGGCGGGGGGAAGUCACCAACACAGCACAGGGCUCACUUGGGUCACUCAGGAGAUGGAGAGGGACAACCCCUCCCCCAGCAGAGGUGCCACCCCCUCACCACGCCCUGGCGCGCUCUGGCAAGCACUGUCCUGCAGCCUCGGCUCCUUGGCUGGGCGCAGUCACGGGCAGGAUCAGCUCCAAGUCCUCAGGAGACCAGCGCCCGGGCUCCUUAGCCCAGGAAUGUCCAGAAUCUGGGCACAGAGCCCAGGUCUCAGGCCACCGUGGCCCACCUGAGGCAGCUCCUCCUCGGCACUUCCUGUGGGGCCCGGCAUGGAGGCACAACGCCGGAGGCAGCUGGAGGAUGACCAGGGCCCAUCAACCUUUGUGGAGAGGGUCCUGAAUGGGGACUCAGGCAGGGUAGCGUUGGUCAGGUUUGCCCCUUAGGUCUCAGAGAAAGUGCUGGAGAGGGUGAGGCUGGAAGUUGGGGGCCGGGUAGAGAACACUGGGUGGGGAGUUGAGCGGCCUCAGUGUGGCCUGCAGUGCUGGGAGUGGCCACAUGGGGGCAGCAGAGGAUAGGAACAGCGAGCCGGGGUGGCGGGAGGUCAGGAGGGCGGUCAGCCCAUCCCAGCCCUGCAGGUGGAUCAGCCAACUUGGUCACAACCGCAGCCAAGGUCUGCGCACAGCCCACCCUCCGCCUCCCCUCACCUGGGUCAUCCCCUCAUCUCAGGAGUGUUGAAGAGGUUGCACAGGUCGCCCCAGGUCAUUCAGCAGGCACUGACUGUGGGGUGGGAGUCCAGGCCUCUCACCUGCUCAGCCUUGCCCUUGGUGAAUGGGAGAGCUGGGGAGGCAGAGGCAGGUCUCAUCUGAGGCCUUCCUGGAGGAGGUGAAUGUGCAUGAUGGGGCACGUGUGCGGGAACCGAGCUGAGAGGGUUGCAGGGCAGGGGUGGUGGGAGGCUAGCGGAGGGGAGCGGGGUCUGGCCUCCUGUCUUUCUAGAGCUCACUCUGUUGCUUCCCCAUUCCCCUGGGUUUGCACCUCUAGGCAUGGUUGGGCUGAGGGUCAGCUCCUUGGCUGGCUGGGCAGGUACUUUCCUCCCUACAGAUGAGGUAAGGCAGGGCUCCCCUCCCACUGUCUGAAUCCCCAGCGCACCCCUGUGCCACGCCAGGCCUGGGCCGGCCACGUGUCAGUGGGUGAGAGGCCAGUUUCCGGGUCAAGGCCUGGACAUGAGGGAGCGGGCACAGGUUUCCAGGGGGCCCAAGAGAGGCAGGGGCAGCUUGGCAGCUCAUCAGGUCCACUAGAGGGUGUCCCAGACAAGAGCAGCCCCUGAACUGAGGUCAAGAAACAGGUUGGAUUCUCUGAGCUGUGAUUGGUUGGACAGGGGUUCCGGGUAGAGGAACAGUCUGUGCAAAGGCUCAGAGAAAGAGAAGUGCAGUCGUGUCUGCGGAAUGGCAGGGGUGGGGGCCAGCCAAGGCCUCCCCUGCCAGGCCAAGGCAUUUAAACUUCAUCCUAAGAGCAAAGUGUGGCCUGCCUCGGGCUCCCCCACCCCCACCAAUCUCCCUCCAGGAUGGGCCCUUGGUCUGCCCCCACACCUCCCCUUUCCAGCAGGAGAAAGGGUGCCCUGUCUGUGGCCCCAGUCCCAGAUAUCAGAUGUUCCCAGUGCCAGGGGCAGGCCAGGCUGGGAAGCCCCACCACCUGCCAGGGGCUUUUCCUGGGGCCUGAAAGAGACAGAGGCAGGACCUGUGCAAAAGCAGAAGGCCUGGAGCCGGUGCAGACUCUCUAGAGACAUCAAAGGCAGGGACCGCUGCCUCAGGGAGAUGGUCUCCCAAACAGCAGCCCAGGGCUUGCAGGACAGGCAGCCGUGGGAGCUUGCGGGUGGUCCACAGUGGGGCUGAAAUGACAGAGUAUCAGAGUCACCCAAUGGCUGGUACCAUUGUGGUGGUACCAGUCAGAGUGGGGCAGAUGGUAAUCCAGGGCUUUGGAGACACAGGUGAUGAGAGAGCUGGGGGGUCAAACAGGAGCCGAUGAGGUCCCUGCAGGAUCCCAAGACCCACCUUGGGCAGAAGGGCAAAGGGAGGAAGGAGUGUGCUAUGGGAGCCAGGCCCAGGUCCCCGUGGAAGCGGGCGUCACGAAGGCCUGUGGGCCUAGCGGCGUCACAGAGGUGACAGCCCAGCUGCAGGUCCCCCACUGGCUACAGUAGGGAAGCCCGGUUUCUCUGUGCCCCCUGCCCUCCAGCCUCCCACUAGGUGUCCUGUUGGCUGAGCACAGUGGGUGCGGCUGACCUGCGGGCCAGGGUCUGACCCAGUACAGUACAGUACAGGCACAGCUGGGGAGCGAGGGACCCCCUCCUCUGCCAAGCUGCUUCCUUCUGCAACCCCCAGGGUGGCCGAGUGCCUGCUGUGGGCCAGACCUCUGCUAGGCCCAUCAGGACACCCCUGUCCUCAGGGUCCAAUGCUGCCAAAGAGGAGGGGGCGGUCGGUGCAGCACAUUGUAGGAGUGGGAAGUCAGGGAGGCAUCGUGGAGGAGUGCGGCUUCCCACAGGCACCCCUCCAGGCUUUCACCAGCUCCCUUUGUUGCAAGGAUGUGAGGAUGACUGACUUUGGAAGCCAUGGCAACCAAGUCCCUGCUGACCUGAUCACCCACCUACUACUGUUCCAGGACCAGGAAAUAAACUUCUUUUGUGAUUA